AACCAUUCAGAGUGGGUCAGAAACUAAGGAAGGAAGUAAUGUACGAGCCUCAUUGUCCGUGCUACUGACACACCGACAGGUCACGGGCACUGAAUCAAAGAACGGCAGAACGACAGACUGACAACAACAUGAUAGUGUCUAGAACACGGCUGUUUCUUUUGCAGCGCACUGUACUCUUUGUAAUUGUUGGAAGUGUGGCAGAAAUAUGCCGAGGAGUGCACUGUUUCACCGCGGAGACUGCAGACUCCAGACCAUGCAUAGGGACGCACUGCCAGGGGCGUUAUUCUCGACAGCCUUGGCAGUUUACUCCAACGACACAGGGCAGGUCAGCACAGAUCGCGCCCAACCACCACAACACCCAUCACCCUAGUUCUCCAUCCAGAGCUAUAUCGGAUCCGUACACGAUUAUUCAUCCUCAGCGUGGAGGCAGCGACCUCCGCAGGGAGAGCGCAAGGAUGAGACCCUCUGAAGUUAGUUAUGGAUGCACUGGGGCGGAUUGCAUUACACCUCAAAGACAAGCCAGUAACGACACAAGAGAGUGCCGGGGCAUUGAAUGCAAACUGCCGAUGAGGAUACGGCCGAAGCCAAGACCAAGACCGUGUGUGGGGGAAAGCUGUCCAGCAGGGUUCGAGGACGCCGUCAGUCAGCCCACCUUGGUCCACAUGCAGGACAGAGCCGCUCAGGGUCUUGGGGAAUUUCCGGACUUUGGAUACCCUGCGUCAGAACUCGGGGGCGCUCCUCUGGGAUUUCAGCUCACGUGCGACAUAAAGCCAGGUGAGAAUGAGGUUCCUUCCGAGGAUGCCCUCAUCCUGCAGCUGCAGCUGGCCAAGGGGCAGGAGAAAUUUGUGGAGACGCUGAGGGCCCAGCAAGUGGUGAUCCGGGACCUCCAGCAGAGCCUGACGGAGCAGCAGGACACCCUGAUCAGCCAGCAGCGCCAGAUCCUGGACCAGCAGCGGAAGAUGUACGAGCAGAUGGACCUGAUCAAGGUGCAGUACGGCAUGCUCUCCGAGACCAUCAAGCAGAUGUCCUUCCAGAGCUUGCAGGGAGACAUUCAGAGCUACUUCGAGAGCCACCUGCAAGGGUUGCAGGACCAGGUGAGGAGCCACCUGCAGAAGUCCUACAAGGUGGACGUGGAUGCCAAGGUGAUGGACGUGGGACACCCCCUGCUGGACUGCGGCUCCUGCGGGCCGGAGGAGUACUGCGACUUCCAGAGGGACACACCCAGGUGUGAGAGGUGCACCAUGUGCCCCUCUGGGUUCUUCCUGGUCUCCCAGUGCUCACCCACUUCGGAUCGUAUAUGUCAGGACAGAGAUGAAUGUCUUGAAAUACCAAACCUCUGUGGGGAGAGGGUCAAAUGCCUCAACACUCCAGGUGGGUUCAGGUGCUUGGGUGUUUCUGAGAGGGAAGCAGCCGCCAGCGUAUGUGGACAUGACUACUUCUACAACCAAGCGCUGCAGGAGUGCCAGGCCUGCUCUGAUUGUGAUGGAGAGCCUGUGGCCUUUGCCUGUUCAGCUACCAGUGACACGGUAUGCGGCUCCCCCUCCGACGUCAAGAUGUCCCAGUGCUGGGCCGCCAUGGUUUCUCUGCCCCCUGCCAAGGACCCCUCUAGCCAAAUAUAUCCUGGGAUGCAGCUGAAUAUCCAUGGAAAAGAGCCCAGCACCCUCCUCUCUAACCAGGAGGGGGCACUGGCUUUCCAGGUGCACGGCUUAAUAUGGGCCGACCACAACUUCGCCCUGAAGCACAACUGCAGAAACUUCCUCCAGCUGUCAAUCAGGAUGAAUAGUAGUGAGGACGACGGGCACGACUUGAGCGGGGUUCGGGUGGAGCAGCCGGACAGCAAGUUCUACCAGAGCGUCAGUGUGAGCGGUGCUGCCGAGGUGGAACCUAACCACUCCCUGUCCCUCUUCCUGAAGAGCCCAAACCACCACUGCAACCAGAGCAAAGACUUGCACGUCUACGACCUCCAAAUGCCCUUCAGCCUGCUCUGGCUCUCCCAUGACACGGGCGCGGUAGCCAUGACAGCCCACACCUCAGUGUCCGUGCACUACCAGACCACCUACCGCCCUACUUUCAAAGUCAUCUCUGUCUCAGACCCCUACAUGCUGAGCCUCUCGCACGACAGCCGGGCGGUGCGCUUCACGGAGAGUGGGGUGGUGAAGUUUGUGAUCCAGCAGGCUAUCUACUCCAUGGGUCACACGUGUAUCCGGGAGGGCUACUCCCUCGUCUCCUACCUCAACAGGAACGCCACCAAUACAGAGCUCAUGGAGGUCUUCAAGUCUGGUGUGAACUACAGGGACACGUCCAUCUCCCUCUCCGGUGUGGCAAACGUGGAAGCGGGAGACAUGCUCAGUUUUGAGAUCCACACGCCUGUGCACUGCAACGUACGCUACUUCGGCGAUGGCACCGGCAUCAGCACACUCAGCCUGAUCUGGAUCCCCUCGGCCGCCAGCUCUGCCCUUUCUGCCACCAUCUCCAAGAUGGGCCUUCCAUCCGGCGCCGUUCGUCACAAGGCCCUCAGCUUCCAACAGGUGAGUGGCAGCGUGCCUCAGGUCCAGCUGGUAGCCACCGGGCAGUAUGCCCGCAAGAACUUUGUCUUCCGUGAGAGCGGGGUGGCCAACGUGGCCUUCAACCUGAAGCUGAUCCACUCCUGCAAUUUGGUGAAGUUGGUCCUCCACCGGCAAGAGGGAGACCAGGCCCAGUCAGCACUGGUGGCUCAGCAGGUGGGCGGGCACAUGCCAGAGGGUGCCGAGUGGACCAGCGUGGGACUGCGAGCCACCUUUGAGGUCCACAAUGGCACCAUGGUCUUCAUCACCCUGGACUGUGUGCGCGGUCGCAUCAACCAGAUCACCCACGAAGGAGGCACCAACAUCUCAAUCCUGUGGGUGACAUCGUGAUUCUGUAAGGAUGCUUCUUUUCUUUUUUUUUGUUUCUUGGUUGCACGAAAGAAUGGCAAUUGUUUUGCACAAAACAAGUGUGAUGAAAGGAGAGUAACACUUCUGUAACCACAGAGUUGGUGGAGCUAUCAAGUAUUUACGGUGACUUUCUGAUUUUGAACGUAUCAUUGUAAUUAUUGUGGAGAGCUAUAGAAGUAUUGGCACGAAGGAGUUAAGAAGCCUCACUCUCCCAUCACUAAACAGAGAGAAAAAAUAGCAUCAGCACAAUCACCACAACAACAAACAGUGAUUACAGUAACAACAGGAACAAAUACUCAUUACAGUAAAAACAGGAACAAACAUUGAUUUCAGUUACAACAGGAACAAAUACUAAUUACAGUAACAACAGCAACAAACAGUGAUUACAGUAACAACAGGAAAAAACAGUGCUUACAGUAACAACAGGAAAAAACAGUGCUUAUAGUAAGAACAGCAACAAACAUUGAUUGCAGUAACAACAACAAACAGUGAUUGCAGUAACCACAGGAACAAACAGUUAAUACAGCAACAGCAAGAAUUAUAGCUAUAACAAAACAAAAAAUAAUGACAACAAGAAACACAGGUGACUGUUGACUUAUUAAGCACAUGCUGCUGAACUGCACAGUUACUAAAAUAGCAUUUAUGAAAUAAUCAUAUGUGUAUUCUAUAAAUAUAUAUAUUUUUGGCAUAAUACACAUUAUUUUUUAUUUUCCAUUAACUCUAUUGUGUUCAUAUUAAUUAGCUCUUGGGUGUAAUGUAUUUACAAGGAAUUAUACUGUAGUAAAACAUUUUUUGCAGAAGUAAUGGAGUUUUAAAUUAAACCCCUAAUCGUAAGUACUGCUUUCCAUGUAAGUACUUAGGCUGGUUGAACAGUGACCAAUCUUGACUAUUUUGUGCUUUGCUUUAUAUCAGAAUUUCAGUUAACUUUGUCUUGUAUGUAGUCAAGCUGUUUUUUGUUCCAUGUAUUUCUGUAUAUGUUUUCAUUUUAAUUUGAAAUGUAAUUCAUUUUACCGGUGUGCCUUUUUCUUAAAUGAUAAAAAACAUAUGUACAAAAACAUUUUAGUGGACAUGCAUAAAAAAAAAAAAACAUUUUUCUGAGUAUAGCCUAAUAAGCCUACGUAUUUAAAACAUAUCUCACUAUAAAUGAAGAUCUUUUUAAAUAUACAAUCUUCAUAUUCUCUACGACAUAUAUCUAUUUCAUUUAGUCAAAUUACAGUUUGGUCUCAAAUGACAAAUGUGAAGAUUUGUAAAUGAAUCAUCUUGACAUUUUGUAUCAAUCAAAAACAUUAUAAUCACAGAUAUGUAGUAUGUUAUUUUAUGAAUUUGCAUCAAUAAUGAUUGCACCUGCAUGAAGUUUGAGAUAAAUAUAGUGAAGGCACGAAGCAUUAUAUUGCAUUUGUAUAUGUUAUACAUUUUUUGUAUUCUGGAUUUAAUAUGGCUUUACUGUCUGUUCUUGUUGUGGCAUGCAGUUUAUGUUUAUGAGUAUAUAGUACCUCCUGUUUCAGUGUUCAUUUUCAUACCAUAUUUAAUUGCUUCUGUAAAUAUUCUGUAAAAACACAGAUUAUGAAAACA